UGUGAUUUUUUUUCAGUCUGACAUGCGUGCGCCAUACUCAUCACAACGCAUUCGAGUUGCUUCGAUCGCUUACGCAGCGCACUCUUGGACCGGUAUUCGGGUGUCGAAGGUCAAGCGAUGAAGACCGCUCUCUUCGGUCUCCUAAUAGCCACGUUCACUGGAUUCGUGGGCGUCCAGAGCGUGACGACACACAUCGAAGAAAGGCUGCCCUACUCGGAUGCAUGGCAUGCUGAGACCACUCGCGUAUCGUCUGAGCUGUGCGCAAAGGACGCAGCCUGGAAGGCUCAGUUCUUGUGCGCCAACCGCUUUUAUGCUCACGUGCAGCAGAUUGAAGACGAGAGCGUAACCGAGUCGCAUGACGUCUGCAGUACAGUGAGCCGCUUUUACACUUGCCUGGAUACUGUGCUGCACGAGCAAUCCUGCGAACACGACGCCGAACUCAUGCGUCCUGCCGAGUACUUCCCCAGGUUGCUGACCCAUAAGUAUCACAACGUGUGCGCUGCAGAACUGGAGCUCACGGCUCAGCGACUCAGAGGUAAGCCCAGCCAGAAACGUGCAAUUCGUGCCGCAUGCAAAGCACUAGGAACUUGAACUCUUCCGCUAUUGAGGCAAAUACUGCUCACUUUAAUUUCUGGUCAUGCAGAGU